AUGGGCAAUUCACUAACGCAUGCCGUCAAUCGCGGCUCAACUGCCUUCAGUCUUAACAACAACAAUAACAAUGGCACAGCGCGCGCCUCAACAACACCCAGAAAUCAAAAGUCACGCUAUCACUCGACACUAGACUCCAGUGGCGGCGUGCCACCGCACAAGUCCAAAACAUUGCCAGCGCGUCACAGUCGACGCCGCAGCGAUCACACGACCAAUGACUUUCACGGCCAUAAACGCAGUAAAACGCCGCCAGCGACGGCGCCACCAAAUGGCGAAACCUCACGUGUGCUCUUCCUCCUCUAUCUGAUACAUCGCACUUGGAAUGUAGUGGUGGAGACAGUGGAUACACGAAGUAAAAGAUCCCGCCGUAGCGCUCCUGUACCGGAGCAAGACAAAAGCAAUUCGGCGCAAUACUAUACGGAAAACGAGCUGAGCUGUUCGAAUAGUGAUGGUGAUUUUUCCAUUAAUAUUACAGAUCUUGAUGAGGCUGAGGUGGCUUCGUCGUUUUGCUGCUCACAAUAUUCCUACUGCAGUUGCAGUAAUUGUUUCGAUGCUAAUCAGAAUGUUUACAAUUCCAUUGGUGGUGGUGAGGACUGUUCGUUGGAUUCGAUAUGUGAGAGAGCUUUAUCGAAGUGUGGCAGCUCUCUCAUCAGUCCUGCAGUUUCCUGCGACGUGCCUUUAACCUGUUACACAUUACCGAAUAAUCAUCCAGGCAUUACGAAUAAUUUAGUCUGA